AUGCCAGAAUACAGGAGAAUUCGAGAUACCCAGCCCUCCCAAGGCAGCCAUUGCCUGGGGACUCCUAUCGUCUACUCGCCGGUCAAAGCAGACCUGACUGGAAAUAUCAAGGUAGGAAGGGGCGUGGGAGGGCUCGGGGGGGUGAACCCCCCAGGCAGAGAUGCUGUGGGAUUGGAGAGGGGCCUGAAGUUCAUGCUGGUGUUGCUGCAGAGCAUCUCUGACGGUGAGCGGGACGAGGAGCAUCCGAACCUCAUCCGAGUGAACGCCAUGAAGGCUUACGAGAUCGCGCUGAAGAAAUACCAUGGCUGGAUGCUGCAGAAACUCUUCACGUUUGAGGAACACUUUAAUGUGGCAAAUUCUGCACCACCCGCUAAUGGGGCACCUUCCCUGCCGCCCGCCCAGGGCAUGUCCCUGCACAUCCCGGUGUCGGCGCUGGCGUCUGUGCCCCUGUGA